AUUCUUGUAGAUCGGGUAGAAAGUUUUAUAAGAAAACAGUACAGGGACCUAUGACCUAUGAUGUAAAAUUCGACCAGAAGGGAACUGUUUUUGCAGUUGUUGCAUAUCAUCGAAAUUGUAAAGAAAAGUCAAAACUCUAUAUAUUUUCAGUGAAAUUAAUAAGUAACUGAUUUGGAUCAAAAUCCAGUUGUCUUUGAACAUUAUUAUUGGAAAUAUCAAUUGUGAUGUUUUUGGCAUUGAAUUGAAAUCAAUUGAAUGAUGGGAGAUUGCAACUAAAGUAAAGGGGGUGAAGAUGGAAAGUGGAGGAGGAGGAGGGAAGUUGGUAGUGGAAAAAGUAGGUGGAAAAUCAACUGUAACAAGAUGCUUCUCCAAUUACCCUCUCAAGUUCAUCCUUCCCUCUAAGGCAGGGCGUUCCGAUGUUGAUUCUGUAUGGAUCUACACCCUUACUUACGGCGGUGGCAUUGUUUCCGGUGACUGUAUUUUGUUUGAUAUAACAAUUGAAGAUGGUUGCACUGCUGUUUUGACAACUCAGGCAUCUACUAAGGUUUACAAAUCAGUGGCCCUGAAGUGCUCUCAGCAAAUGAUGGAGGCAAGAAUAGGGAGUGAUGCCCUUUUGGUUGUCAUUCCAGAUCCGGUGACAUGUUUUUCUACCGCAAGGUACUCUCAAAAGCAAGUGUUCAACAUCAUGUCCGGCUCGAGUUUGCUUCUUGUUGAUUGGAUCACCAGUGGGCGCCAUGAAAGUGGAGAAAAAUGGGAUUUCACUCUAUAUCGAAGCACCAAUCAUAUAUUUUUGGAAAAUAAACCUUUGUUUCUUGACACGGUGCUUCUUGAGAACGGAAAUGUUACAACAAUCACUGAACGUAUGCAGGAUUACCAAGUAAUUGCAAUGGUUAUUCUGCUAGGGCCUAAGUUGAAGCACAUACAAAACCAAGUCCAAGCAGAUGUUAAGAAGAUGAUGUCAGGGCAAUUACAUGCUCCGUCUGCCGGGGGACGCAAUAACGCAUCUAAAGGUGGUGGCUAUGCAAAGCCAUCCCUUAUCGCUUCUUGCAACUCUUUUGGUCCAAAGGGAGUCGGUGUUGUCAUCAGGAUAGCUGCCACAACAACUGAAUCAGUGUACAGGUUUCUUCAAUGUCACUUGGCCGAUAUGGAACCAAUGCUUGGUUUGUGUCCCUACCAGUAAAUCUUGCACAAUUUAUGGAUCUGUCUCGUACACCAAUCUGAGAAAAUGUUGAAUAUGGCCAAGGGAAAUGCCAUAAUAUAUACAUUAUGUGGCGAAUGCUGGUGCAUUGUGAAGAUACUAGCUUACAGAUCGUAGAGAAACUCAUUAUGUUAUGCAGUCCAUCUGCUAUGACAAUGGAAGGCCUGUAAGACGAGCAUGGUGCAAUUCAUGUGAAUUUUUAAGCCUGAGGAUAUAUCUUUGUGAAUUUUGUGAUUGCGUUGACUUGGUAAUUCUUUUAUGUUCAACGGUCAAAGUUUGAAGUCAAUUUAACAUUUUCAUGACAAAGGUUCAACAAAGAUCAAAUUUUGCAA